UGCCCUUGUAGUGUGAUGCUGGUGCAGGUGUGGUGCUGGUGCCGGUGCAAGUGCAAUGUCAGUGAGGUGCCAGAGCCUGUGCAGCACCAGUGCAGUGCCGGUGCAGUGCUGGUUCAAUGCCAGCGCGGUGCCGGUGCCGUGCCGGUUCGAUGCCGGCGGGGUGCCGGUGCAUUCCUGCCCCUAGGGGUCGGUGUGCCGCGGUGCGGGGGGCGGUGCGCAGGGCGGUGCGGGGGGCGGCCCGCUCCUGCGCACGGCCCGGGACGGCCGGGGCACGGCGGCAGCGGGGUGGCACUGAGCCGGGUGCUGUGGUUGCAGUACCGUGUGGGGCAGCUCUACACCAUCAGCAAGCACAGCCACCAGGAGAGUGAGAAGGGCGAGGGCGUCGAGGUGGUGAAGAACGAGCCCCACGAGGACCCCAUCCACGGCCAUGGCCAGUUCACUGAGAAGCGCGUCCACCUCUCCAGCAAACUGCCGAGCUGGGCACGGGCAGUAACCCCCCGCAUCUUCUACAUCACAGAGAAGGCCUGGAACUACUACCCCUACACCAUCACUGAGUACACAUGUUCCUUCCUGCCCAAGUUCUCCAUCUACAUCGAGACCAAGUACGAGGACAACUGCGGGGACAGUGAGAACAUCUUCCACAGUGACAAAAUCCUGGGCGACCACGAAGUCUCCUUCCUGGACAUCGCCUUUGACGAGAUCCCCGAGCGGUACUACCGCAGCCUGGAGGACCCCCGUUUCUUCAGCUCGGCCAAGACGGGCCGGGGGCCACUGCGGGAGGGCUGGCGCCAGCACACCAAGCCCAUCAUGUGCUCCUACAAGCUGGUGAGCGUCAAAUUCGAGGUGUGGGGGCUUCAGACGCGGGUGGAGCAGUUUGUGCACAAGGUGAUCCGGGACAUCCUGCUGAUCGGUCACCGGCAGGCGUUCGCAUGGGUGGACGAGUGGUGUGGAAUGACGAUGGAGGAGGUGAGGCGCUACGAGCGGGAGACGCAGGAGGCCACCAACGAGCUCGUCGGGCUGGUGGCCCCCACCAUCGCUGUCAGCGAGGUGGGGCAGCCCACGGCCACGCACUCGGCGCCCGCCAGCGCCCCCUCCACCCCGCUCAGCGACGACUCCCCCGACUUCCUCGCCCCCCCCAAAACUCGGCCGCGCAAGAAGUCGGCGCCGGAGACACUGACGCUGCCCGCGCUGCGGGAACGCACCGGCGCCGAGUGAUGCCGGCGGUGCCGAGCCGGGCGGGACUGUGCCGGCCACGCUGCCCACCGCAGCCACGGGGAGGAACCCGCCGCUGGGGCGCAGGGAGCCCUAGGGAGGGUGCGACCACCCGGAGCCAUCGCGGGUGCCCGUGCAGGUCAUUGCCACCAUCUAGCGCCGCUGCCUGCACCGGGAGCAGUCCCCAGCACCAUCAGGCAGGAGCCGGUUCGCUCAGCGCCACCCGCCCCGGUUACCGCCGAGGCUGCUGAGUGGCACCGCGGUGGCAGCCGGUGCCCAUGUACCCAGUGAGUGAUGCUGGAGCUCCAUGCUGUAAGGUAGGCACCGGCGCAGGGGCACAAGAGUGUGUGACAGUGACAGGAACCACCAGGUGUUGGUGGGGACUCCCCGCAGGACCCCUAGGCACAGCAGGUCCUGCAGCAGGGUCCCCUUUGCCGUCCCUUCAGAGGCCAUGGCUGCCCAAGGAGGGCUCAGCCCUCUGUUUUCUUUGGGAAAACACAGGCCUUUUUGGAAAUAAAGCUCGAGACAAGCCA